CGGAGCUGUCUCCUCUUCUUGCUGAUCAGUUCCAUCAGGCCUGCUGUGAGAAGAGGAAAUGCACCCGCUGCUGUUCUUUCCCCUGCUCUUCUGGACCCUGGGAUGUUCCACUGCUCAGGAUCUCUCUGGUCUAGCAGUGGUGAGAGGCCAGGAGAAGGGCUUCUUGACGGUGGACUGUCGUUAUGACUCAAGCUGGAGGACCUACAGGAAGUACUGGUGCCAAGGAGCUCGCUGGAAUAGCUGUAAAAUCCUUGUUAAAACCGAUUCUGAGCAGUUGGUGAAGAAGGAUCGAGUGUCCAUCAAGGACAAUCAGACAAGCCUCAUGUUUACGGUAACCAUGGAGAAUCUCAGGAGAAGUGACGCUGGCACUUACUGGUGUGGAAUUGAGAGAACUGGAGUGGAUCCCGGGUUUGAAGUUAAUGUGAUCAUUGACCCAGGUAAGAGGCAUUUUUUUGACUCAACUUCUAGGGGACAAGAAGGGCUGGGAAGAGGCUUCCUGGGGCUCAGCGCGCUCCUCCCCGCCGUCGCCGCGGUGCUGCUGCUCCUCUUGGCGCUGGCCUCGCUCUUGGCUUGGAGAAUGAAGAGACGACUGAAGAAAGCUCCUGGGCUACCUCCAGAGCAGGCGCUGCAGUCCCUAGACGCUGACCUCUGCUAUGCAAACCUGACCCUGCAACAGCCCAGAACCUCUCCUGACUCGUCUCGGAAAAAGACUGCCACCAAAACUUGUUCCUCUGGCCAGGCUGACCAGGCAGAAGUGGCAUAUGUCACCAUGGCUCCCUUUCCCAAGGAAGAGGUUUCCUAUGCAGCUCUGUCUCUGAACAACUUGGACCAGGAGCCAGUCUACAGCAACACUGGCCACCUGGUCACCCACAUUCCCAGCUCGAGCCAGGAGGUGUCCACAGAGUACAGCAGCGUCAGGAGGCCUUAAUCUGCAGCCACUCCUUACCCCGGGUCUCCACAUGGGAGUCUGGAAGGCACUUCCCCUGCUCUUGAUUCCAUACCCCCUCCGUGCUCAGGACCGGCUGGUGACUGACGCUGCUCACUCAGCCAGCAUAGGCCUCUUUGGAGGCCGAGAGCCCGACCCUAAGGGUCUCUCCACAGCCCCUCCUCGCCCACAUAGUUUGGGAGGGGCAGGGAGAUGCCAUGGGAAGAAUAAUGCGAAUAAUAGGGAUUAACCUUUAUUUAUUUAUUUUUUUUAUAGC